AAAACCACUCAACUCCCCCCACCACUUGCCUCUCUCUUCUUUCUAUUUCUAUAAAAUAAAAAUAAAAUACCCUCACACUCACCAACAAACAAUUCAGUUUCCUUCUUUCAUACUUUCAAUACCCAUAAUGGCUAUUAAAAUUCGACAAGUAUGGGCUCAUAAUCUCGAACCAGAAUUUCAACUUAUUUCAACUGUGAUUGAUAACUACCCUUACAUAUCUAUGGAUACUGAGUUUCCUGGGGUUGUUUUCAAGCCUAACGUUUCCUACAAUCCCCCAUCCGAUCAGUAUAAGCUCUUGAAGUCUAACGUGGAUGUGUUGAAUCUCAUACAGCUUGGGUUAACUUUAUCUGACGCGGAAGGUAACCUACCUGGUUUAGGAUCUGACGGAGGCGGCUACAUAUGGCAGUUCAAUUUCUCCGAUUUCGAUGUGGAGCGUGAUCUCUACGCUCCGGAUUCCAUCGAGUUACUCCGCCGACAGGGGAUCGACUUUGAAAUGAACCGGGAAUGCGGGAUCAACUCAGCCCGGUUCACUGAACUGAUGAUGUCGUCCGGUUUGGUUUGUAAUGAAUCGGUGAGUUGGGUUACGUUUCACAGCGCGUAUGAUUUCGGUUACCUGGUGAAGAUACUCACGCGCCGGGAACUCCCCGGUGGAUUAGAGGAGUUUAUGGAAGUCGUGAGGGUGUUUUUUGGAAAUAAAGUUUAUGAUAUGAAGCAUUUGAUGAGAUUCUGUAAUAGCCUUUAUGGUGGUUUAGACCGGCUUGCGAAGACAUUGUCCGUGGACCGGGCGGUCGGAAAAUGUCACCAGGCCGGUUCAGAUAGCUUGCUGACGUGGCAUGCGUUUCAGAAAAUGAGGGAUAUUUAUUUUGUGAAUAACGGAGCAGAAAGACAUGCUGGCGUCUUGUAUGGAUUAGAAGUUAAUUAAUUAUUAGUAAAUAAAAGCUAUUUCAUUUAUUCUUUUAAGCUGAAAAUAUUGUUUUUCAUGACUUUUAAUUUUAAUAAUAGCUAAUAGAAGAGGAAAUACUCAUAUUUUCAAGCUAAUUA